AUGUCAGAGGAGGAAAAAAAACCGGGUGUUUUCGAUGGGGUAUUACCAAAAGUAAUGCAAACCAUUCGGGCAUCUAGUGCCUUAGCAGCACAAGACGUCAAUUUCUAUAAAUCAUUGGAUGCCGAAGUUUCCAAGCUUAUAGAUGAUAACGGAGGACAAUUACUAGAUAUAGUCAAUAGUAUGCUUCAAAAAACAUCCAAGGAAGCCAAAUCUAUUGAAUAUGGAAAGGAUCAUGUAAGUUCUGACAUCAGUUGGAAACCGAUUUCCAAUGCAUUGGACAAUGUUUUUGAAAAAAUUGAUAUUUUAUUUGAUAAUGUUGAAAAAAAUGGCAAGACACUUCAAAAGGAAGAUAAAAUGAUUUAUUUGGAAGAAGGAGCUAAUGAUAAUGUUAAUCAAACCAAUAGUGGAAAAAAAUUGAGUAAACCACAGCUCAGUUUUAAAAACAAGAUAGAUAAUAGUGAAGCUAAUCCUUUCAAGCCCAAACUUUCCAAGAAACCAAAUGCAUUGAAGAGUUUAGAAGAAGUGAGUGAAAUUGUUCCAGCUGACACGAUUUUGAAUGAAGAAACGGGAGAAACUUUGAUUGAUCCUGCUCAUUAUGUACAACCAUAUGAAUAUGAGAUUGAUAAUCAACCGUAUCCAGAAUCCAUUUUACAAAAAAAGGAACCGACACCAUCAAAAGAUUGGAAUGAAACUAGUGCAAUUUGGAUUGAAACAAAAGAAGGAUUAGAAGAAAUGAUUCAAGAUUUAAGAGAACUGAAUGAGAUUGCAGUUGAUUUAGAACAUCAUGAUUAUAGAACAUAUUAUGGUCUUGUAUGUUUAAUGCAAAUAAGUAACCGAGAAAAAGAUUGGAUUAUUGAUACUUUAAAAUUAAGAGAUGAUUUAGAACCAUUAAAUGAAAUUUUCACCAACCCACAAAUUAUAAAAGUAUUUCAUGGUGCCUUCAUGGAUAUCAUAUGGUUACAAAGAGAUUUAGGUUUAUAUAUUGUAUCGUUAUUCGAUACAUUUCAUGCAUCUAAAAAAUUAGGAUUCCCAAAAUUUUCAUUAGCAUAUUUAUUAGAAACCUUUGCAAAUUUUAAAACAUCGAAAAAAUAUCAAUUAUCAGACUGGAGAGUUAGACCAUUACUGAAUGCAAUGAAGGCUUAUGCUAGAUCAGAUACUCAUUUCUUAUUAAAUAUUUUCGAUCAACUUAGGAAUAAACUAAUUGAUCAAAGUGAAAAAGAUCAUGAUAAUAAACUUCAGCAAGUAUUAUAUGAAUCACGUCAAGUUGCUAAAAGACGAUUUGAAUAUACUAAAUUCCGUCCACUUCAAGAUUCCUUGGUUACCGCACCAAUAAUGUCAUCUAAUAGAAGAGAACCAUAUAAUCUGAUAAUGUAUCAAUAUAAUGUACCCAGGGAGAAAAAACCAAUCAUGGCUACACUUUAUGAAUGGAGAGAUAUAAAAGCUCGAGAAUUAGAUGAAAGUCCAAGGUUUAUAAUGAGUAAUCAAGUCAUGGUGAGCUUAGCUCAAUUGACCAAACCAGUUGAUGCAAGUAAAGUUUUAGGAUCAUCUAGUUAUUUGAGUGAGAUAGUUAGAGUCAAUGCAAAUGAAUUGAGUAAAAUAAUGCAACAGACAAUGGAAAAAAUGGAAGAAUUAGAACAAGAAUGGGAAAUUCCAAGAGAUGGGAAUGAUGAAGAUGGAGAUUUGAUUAAUAUAAAUAAGUUAGCAUUCACUACAGUUGCAUUUAAAAAAUUGAUUGAAAGUUUUGACCAACCAAUACAAAAGGAUUUGAUCAAGAAUAAUUCUCAAAUCUUAUCUAGAGUAUUUAAGAAUGGAGAAGAUGAGUUUCUGAUUGAAUACGAUGGAGAUGGUAAUGUCAUCCAUCAUCACGGAGAAGAGUUCAUUGAGAGAUACAACUAUGCCAUGGAGCAAUUCGAUAAGAUGAACCAAGUUGAAUUCGAACAAGACAACGAAGACUCAGAGGAGAAACCGGACUCGAAACAAGAAGAAGCAGCAGAAGAAGAAGCAGCAGAAGAAGCAGAAGCAGAAGCAGAAGAAGAAAUUGAUAGUAAUGAAGUUAUAACGUUGAAAAAGAAGAAAAUGCAAAAGAAGCAACCAGUCAAGUCGAAAGAGGAACAACCAGCGUACGACUACGAAAAUGCCGAUAAGGUAUUACUUGAUAUGAACGAUCGUCGUCGUCAAAAUAGACAAGAGAACAAAAAGAAGAGAUCGUUUGAUCCGUAUAAUAAGGAACAAGGAGGACCCCAAUCAAGUAAGCGUAGUAAGAGAAUGAAUACAGGUAAAACAACUACUUUCACCAAUAAGAAAAGAUAG